AUGCCGCCACCCCCAGUGGCCUUGCCGCCUCCACAGCCUCCAAAUAUAAGACCAGCUGGCUCUGAGACACUGGCCUUGUCCCAGGGGCUGCUGCUGUGGCUGCUGCUGAACGUGGGUGGGGUGUGGGCAUCCAGGGGGCCACUACGGCCACUCUGCCGGCCCAUCAAUGCCACCCUGGCUGCUGAGAACGAGGCCUGCCCGGUCUGCGUCACCUUCACCACCAGCAUCUGUGCCGGCUACUGCCCCAGCAUGGUUCGAGUGCUGCCAGCCAUCCUGCCACCUAUGCCCCAGCCAGUGUGCACCUACCACGAGCUGCGCUUUGCCUCCAUCCAGCUUCCCGGAUGCCCACCUGGAGUGGACCCCACGGUCUCCUUCCCCGUGGCCCUCAGCUGUCGCUGCGGGCCCUGCCGCCUCAGCAGCUCCGACUGUGGGGGUCCCAGGGCCCAGCCCUUGGCCUGUGACCGCCCCUCGCUCCCAGGCCUCCUGUUCCUCUAAGGAUCCCCCCCUACCCCAACUCCUGAAGCCAGCAGAUGCUUCUUUCCUCCCCUCCUAAUAAAGGCUUC